AUGCAGCAGCGCGGACGCUCGUUCUCCUCGAUGUGGCGAGUCGCGUUGGCUUUCCUCCUUGGUGUCGCUGCUGUCGAUGGACUAUGUGGCGAGAAUCAGCGCGUCGUGCAAACAUGGACCCCCGCAGAUUCGUACAAGUACGCGUGCCAGGACUGCCCUGUCAACACGGUCCGAGUCGCGGGCGACGACCCUGCCGCUGGUUAUGAGACGUACUGCACGUGCCCGGCGGGGUUUUUCGUUACAACCUACUAUGCUAUAGGAGGGUAUUGUGCAGCAUGCCCAGCCGACUCGACGUCUUUCGCACGUGAGCUGAGAUACUCGGCUGGAUCUCAGAGCUCUUGCUUCUGCAAGGAAAACUUCCGCGCGGUAAUCGGUGACGGCUCGAAGAUUACCUGUGAGCCGUGCCCCGCGGGCACGACAAACGCUGCGCGUGAUGAAGUGUGCAUACGCGGUGGCCACUGUUACGCUUCGACCACGUACUGCGAUGCGCCUCCGUGUGCGGAGGACGAGUACGCGACUUCAUCGUACACGUGCGCCGCCUGCCCAGAGCACUCAACCAACCCCGCCGGGGAUGACCCAGGCCGAGGCGCAACGUCGUGCAAGUGCAAGAGAAACUACCGCGUGUCCAGCAACGCGUGCGUGCCGUGUGACGCGGGGUACAAAAGAGCUGCGGGCGAUGAUGUCACGGGCGCGGACACGGAGUGCGAAGUGUCUGUGCCGUGCGCAGAGAACGAGUACGUGGACACCACCGUGUGCAAGCCGUGCCCGGGAAAUUCAAAGCGCGCGGCUGGGGACGAUCCAGCAGGCGACGACACGUUUUGUGUGUGCGACGAGAAUCAGCGCGUCGUGCGCGACUGGAACUCCGGAGGUACAUACGUGUGCCGGGACUGUCCUAUGAACACGUUCCGAGACGCGCGUGAUAAUCCUGCCGAUGGGCAGACUUAUUGCACGUGCCCGGCGGGGUUCUUAGUAUCAGGAUACUACAGCUUCGCAGGGGUGGGAUGCGCUCCAUGCCCGGCCAACUCCGAUUCUUCCGCACGAGAGUUUGACGAAACCAAGCGACAUCAACAGAGCUCGUGCUAUUGCAAGGAAAACUUCCACGCGGUAUUUAGUGAUAGUUGGACGUCAACCUGUGAGCCGUGCCCGGCAGGUUUGACAAACGCUGCAGGGGAUGAGGUGUGCAUAAAGGAUCCGGACUACUGGGAAUGUGGGUACCGAGGGGAGACCACGUACUGCGAUGCAGGCCCUCCGUGUGCGGAGGACGAGUAUGUGACCUCAUCGUACACGUGCGCCGCCUGCCCGGAGCACUCAACCAACCCCGCCGGGGACAAUCCUGGUGCAGGCGCGACGUCGUGCAAGUGCAAGAGAAACUACCGCGUGUCCGGCAACGCGUGCGUGCCGUGUGACGCGGGGUACAAAAGAGCUGCGGGCGAUGAUGUCACGGGCGCGGACACGGAGUGCGAAGUAGCUGUGCCGUGCGCAGAGAACGAGUACGUGCAUGAUUCCUCGUGCAAGCCGUGUCCGACGGGUUCGGUAAACCCAGCGGGUGAUGAUCCAGCAGGAACGGACAGCUUCUGCAAUUGUACCGAAAACAAACACGUACACAACAACGCGUGUGUGGAUUGCAGCACGUACCUUCCUGGGUAUGGAGAUUCUGGAGCAGUGAGAGCCGCGGGUGAUCAGGUGCCAGGGCCGAAUACUCUAUGCAGUUGCCGGGAGAACAUGCACCCAUACAUCAACAGCUUCAAAACUAGAUAUUGUCGACAGUGCCCUGGCAAUUCGACGUCCGACGGUGGGCAGGUUGGGCCAAACGUAAUCGGUUGGCUCAAUGGACCAUACACAUGCAAGUGCAAAGAAAAUUUUCGCGUGCAGAACGACCGAAGUCCCUACAGCACUGACCCCGAGUAUCAGUGGAAGCCGAAGUGCGUGCCGUGCGAGUCUGGUUUGCAAAACAGCGCGGGCGAUGAAGUUGGCUAUGCUCGCAUUGAUCCUUCAUCGUCUUAUGGCCAUUGGACACCCACCCAAGAAACCAUUUGCGACGGCUUGGACUCGCCGCCGCCGCCGCCGCCGUCUGCAAAGCCCCCUUCACCCACGAGUGGCCCGAGUGGCGAUAAGUCCGGAGGUCCUUCGCCGCUGCCGUCACCACUGCCGUCGCCGUCUGCGAAGCCCUCUCGACCCACGAGUGGCCCGAGUGGCGAUAAGUCCGGAGGUAGUUCCGAGGGAGCCAAGGAAGAGAGAGAGAAAGCCAAGAAAACCGGCGAAGCCUUGGUCAAAGGCAUCAAGGAUAAGAGAAGGCAAAAACAGGCUCAGUUGCUCAUCGACGCGGCGAUCAACGGGACGAAGGUGAAGAGGAUGUCGGCCAGGCUCACGGCCGCGGACGAGGACAGCGCGUGUUCAGACUAUUACUCCAAAUCCAAAUUGGACACCUCCAUCGGCGCGUGCGUGGCUACUUUAUCGUCCUCGCGUCGACUUCGCUCGCUCGCGUCGGGCACGUACGACGUCUCGUUGUUCUUCAGCGAAACCGAAGUCGAUGAUGCGAUGUUGACGGCCGCUACGAGCGCUCUCGAAGCUGAGGGCGUGUCGGUGGAGGUCGGUGAGGUGGAUCCCGUCGCCGAGCUCGGGACGAUUGACGGCGUGGACUCGAGUACCAUGGAGACUUUCAAGACGGCGGGAUGA